GUGCGCUAGCGCUAGUGAGUGAUCGUGCAAGCAUUCUUGGCUCUGCAUUCUGGAACGAAGAAAGACACUGACGUCGCCCACGAAGAUAUAACAUACAGCGCUGGCCUUAGAGAUUGCGACGUCUGUGACCAUCUACCGCGGAGUUAUCGAUUACGGGCGAUCACCCCACGCGAGAUCAUAUUAUGAGCAGCACUACAUGUGCAUGGACAAGUACCGUUAUCUCUCAACGCAGUAUUCAACAUGGCGGGCGAGAAACACCCUGUUGGUUAUAUGCCUGGAUAUAUUGAGUUCUUCUCUGUAACUUACGACGCUUUUAGUGGAUACUUCACGAAUGUGAAUUGCAGCGGAAACUGGGUAGUUCGAUGGUUUGAAGAUCUCAAAGCUCAUGCACAUUAUGGCAACUGUGAUGUAGUCGUCAUCGUACUUUUGAGUAUAAUGUGGACGAUUUUGAGGGUUGUUGCAACCCGGCAGUUGUUUGAGCCCCUCGCCCGCAAACUAAACGUACAGGAGAAGAACUGCGGAAAGUUUCCGGAGAGUGCUUGGAAGUUCAUCUUCUACUCGUUCACCUGGUCGUACAACUUGUACAUCGUCGUCUGCUGCGGCCGAUACACGUUCUUCCACGACCCAUUGUCCGGAUGGCACGGUUGGGCCGAGGGCAUGUACAUACCAUCGGACAUCUUCUGGCUUUACAUGAUACAGUGCAGUUUCUAUCUGCAUUCCGUGUAUGGCACGCUCUUUAUGGAUGCAUGGAGGAAGGACUCUGUUAUCAUGCUCUUUCAUCACUUUCUGACGUUGGCCCUGAUCUGGUUCUCAUACGCCGCAAGGUGUUUCUGUUCAGACUGUACUGGUUCCCACUGAAAGUGUUGUACACUGCCGGUUAUGGUGCCAUGCUGAGAGACCCUACCUACGUACCCUUCUGGUUCUUUUUCAAUGUGCUUCUCUGGAUACUGCAGUUAAUGAACGUCUACUGGUUUCAGUUCAUAGUGGUCUUCCUGUACAAAGUAGCAACAGGGCAGAUGACCGAGAUGGUUGAUACAAGAGAAUAUGAUAGUGACAAUGCAUCUUCAAAGUUGCAGCAAAAAACAGCUGCAGUCAAUGGGGUGCUGAGAGAGCAGUCAUCUGGGAUGAGUGCGAUCAUGGAGGAGGAGAAGUGCAGGAACGGGGCGGGCCCCGAUGGCGUGAGGAUGAACGGAACAUCGCCGGCGGCGACCGCGGCGUACAAGCGGAACGUUGCGACGCAGGACGCUGCAGCCGAGUAGCGACACCCUCCCGUCUGCCUGCAGCUCUCACGCUCGGUGCGCGGCGGCGCCGCCGCCGUCGCAGGCAAGCCGUGUUCUUCCCAUGGUCGGUUUUGGUGAUGUGUAGUCAGUUCAACGAUUUCUCGCACUCGCGUCCACAUUCAACGGUAAUCCAAAUCGCUGUAAAUUUUCUCGAGAAAGCCGGAGGGAAGGGAGUGUGCGUCCGUGCAAUGUAUUUUCUGUAUGAAUGAAUUGACAGUGCCUCGCGCGGUGUGUCAUCAGAUGUGAGGUGACGUGCCCACCCCGACGCCGUGCUCGCGGUAAAGGUAGUGGUAAUCGUUAUUUUACCCCUCAAUUUCUUAUUGACAUCUCAACGAGCACCCGAACAAAAAGCCCGUUUGGCAAAGGCUUGAUUGCUAGAGAAUAGUAUCUAGUCGACCCAAUGGUGUGAUCGAUGAUCACUGGUUGCUGAGGCACAUGUGAUCAAUCGCUUCUGUUUGUAAUUAACAUUUUUCCAACCAUUUUUAACAUUUUAUUAAUUGGAGGUUGUUUUAUUUGUAUUGAUUUCUGUGGCAUGUAAUUAAU